UUUGUGAAAAACAAAUAAAUGAGCACUUUUGGAACCUUGUUUCGCGUGACGACGUUCGGCGAGUCGCACUGCGCUGGCGUCGGCUGCAUUGUGGAUGGAGUGCCGCCACUGAUGGCUCUGACUGAGGCGGACAUUCAACCCCAGCUGAGCCGGCGACGCCCAGGCCAGUCUGCCCUCACCACGAAGCGCGAUGAGAAGGAUCUCGUGCGCAUCAUGUCAGGCACCGAGCAUGGUGUGACGCUUGGAACGCCGAUCGGACUGACCGUGCCGAACGAAGAUAUGCGACCGGGUGAUUAUGGAUCCAUGAGCGACAUCCCGCGACCCUCGCACGCCGAUUACACGUACCAGUACAAGUAUGGCACCAAAACGUCAAGUGGCGGUGGUCGUGCAUCUGCGCGAGAAACGAUUGGCCGCGUGGCUGCAGGCGCAAUUGCCGAAAAGUUCCUCCGGCUGCGCUAUGGGGUGGAGAUUGUUGCGUGGGUCAGCUCGAUCGGCGACAUUGAGAUGAAGGAAGACGUUGUGGACACAAUCACGAGAGAACGUGUCGACAGCCACCCGACACGCUGCCCCGACGCCGCUGUCGCCGACCAGAUGACUGCGCUCGUGCAAGAGUGCCGGAAUGCCGAAGACUCGGUGGGCGGGGUUGUCAGCUGCGUGAUUCGGAACUCGCCAGUCGGACUCGGGGAGCCGUGCUUUGACAAGCUGCAGGCGACGCUCGCUCACGCGAUGAUGUCCAUCCCAGCCACAAAGGGCUUUGAGAUUGGCUCUGGGUUCCGCGGCACAACGCAGCGCGGCUCGGCGCACAAUGACAUGUUUGUUCGCAAGGGCGACCGCCUUGGUACCGUGACCAACAACUCUGGCGGCGUCCAAGGCGGCAUUAGCAACGGAGAGCCCAUCGUGUUGCGUGUCGCGUUCAAGCCUCCGGCUACCAUUGGCAAGGAGCAAGCCACCGUCACCUACGAUGGCACGAGCGCAGUCCUUGCCGCAAAAGGGCGCCACGAUCCCUGUGUUGUUCCUCGUGCCAUUCCGAUUGUUGAGGCGAUGGCUGCGUUGGCUCUUGCCGAUGCUGCCCUGGUUCAGCUGUCACGACAUGCUGCCGUGCUGCCAUUCAAUGCAUUGCCUCCACUUCAGAAUGUUGUCACCCCGCUCAAUCCCGCCAAAGCCCAAGAUCCGACCAAGCCUGCGGACGAUCGUGCUCAUUCAUGAAGCGCGAAAAGUGUGGGGGGAUUUGUUGUUGGUGAUUUUGCGUCUACCUGAGCUCGUGUUCUUGGACGUUCCACCCCCAAAUAGAUACAGCGACUCACAUUCUAC